AUGAACAGUCAUGCUCAAGACCCCGAACAAAACGAAGAAAUCACCACACGUCAAAAUGAGGCCAGGCCUAUCCUUAAACGUACCCUCGCGGGCGAAGACAACGCCAAAACACAGGCAGUAUUUUCCGAGCUUGUUCAAACAAGACGAGGGCUGAAACAACGUCAUAUUCAAAUGAUAGCCCUGGCCGGAACAAUUGGUACGGGCCUCUUCCUAGCGACCGGAAAAUCCCUAGCAAGGGGUGGACCACUCAGCAUGUUGCUCGCAUAUUGCAUUGUGGGUAUGCUUAUCUGCUGCGUGGUGUUUUCUGUAGCGGAGCUCAGUGCUCUGGCGCCUCUUUCCGGUGGCAUUAUACGACACGCAGAAUGGUUUGUAGACCCUGCGCUGGCGUUUGCGCAAGGUUGGAAUAGUGUUUAUGCAAAUGCUAUCCUGCUGCCGGCUGAGAUGGUGGCUUGUGCUGUCAUUAUUGACUUUUGGUCUGAUGUUAACCAUGCAGUAUGGAUUAGCGCCCUUGGUGCGUUGCUGGUUAUUAGCAAUAUGCUAUUGGUCAGUAUUUACGGCGAGUUGGAGUUUGUUUUUGCACUGUUAAAGAUUGCUCUGAUUGUUGGUGUGAAUAUCUUGAGUAUCUGCAUUACCUCUGGUGCAGGCCCACGGGGCUAUCCCAUGGGGUUUCGAUUCUGGCGAGACCCUGGACCCUUUGUGCAGUUUCUUGGUAUCGAUGGCUCAUGGGGACGGUUCCUUGGGUUUUGGCGUGUUCUGAGCAGUGCAGCUUAUGCAUUUUCCAACGUCGAGAACAUAUCGGUUGCAGCAGCUGAGACGCAGAAUCCUCGCCAUAACAUCCCGAAGGCUGCCAAACGUGUGUUCUGGAGAAUCUUGAUAUUUUAUCUGAUCACCAUUUUCAUGAUGGGCCUUAUUGUCCCCUCAAACGAUAAGGGGCUGAUGUCAAAUUCCGGGGAUGCUGGAGCGUCUCCAUUUGCAAUUGCUGCCACCAAUGUUGGGAUCAAAGUGGUACCUUCGAUCAUUAAUGCUGUCGUUGUCACAAGUGCAUGGAGCGCUGGUAACUCUGCAAUGCUCGUUGGAACCAGGACACUGUAUGGUCUUGCUCAAGAGGGGCAUGCCCCAAAACUAUUCACUCGCAUUAAUCGCUUCGGGGUUCCCUGGAUAUCAGUUGCCGCAGUCGGAUCUUUUCUUGCCUUGGGGUAUAUGACACUGUCAUCCGCAGCUUCCAUUGUGUUUGAUUGGCUCCAGCAACUGGUCUCCGCUGCCUCUUUGGUGCAUUGGAUCAAUAUAGAGGUGAUUUACUUGAGGUUCUUUUAUGGCUGUAAGAGGCAAAAGAUCAGCCGUACUGAACUUCCUUGGAAAAGCCCCUUUCAACCUUACGCAGCAUGGAUUGCUCUGGUUUCGUUCAGUAUCAUUCUGCUUACUGGCGGAUUCUACGUGUUUAUAGAGGGAAACUGGAGUCCUCAAACCUUUGUAUCGUCAUACUUCAACAUCCCGCUUAUAUUUGUCUUAUAUUUUGGGUACAAAUUUUGGCGAAAGACCCUGCUUGUUCCGCUGGAAGAAAUUCCAAUCCAGGAAUUCCUUCGCAUCGUUAAUGAAAAUCCGGAACCCAUUCCAUCUCCAGCUGCUGGGUGGCGAAGAUUAAAUAUCCUUUGGGCUUGA